AUGGCGCCUACGGAUCUUCCUGUACUCUGGAAGGAAGGAGACUGUCUCGGUGUGAAAGGCGUGCUGGAGGUUCACCAGUCAGACUUGCAGUUGCAGGGCGCAGAAGUUAGCGAUCUACAAGGAGGUUCUCGAACAGUGGAGUGUCUCCUGCUCUAUGGAGCACGACUGAGCACGGAUCGUCGACUUGAAGCCAUCAUUCCUGACUGGCAGGAAGCUGUCCGCGGCUCAUCGCAAGCCAAAGUUGCGGAUGUGAAGGUGCCGUUACAGCAAAUGGAAGGCAUUGCCGAAGAAGAGCAACUCCUUGUCUUCAAUAAUACGCGACUCGAAGACCAUCACACGCUAGAAUCCUACAACACUGGCAAUGGUAGCCUUAUCUACUUGAUCUGGAAGUUGAAAAGAGGGUACAUCCCUCCUCAAGACAGUUCUGGCACUUCGGACGAAGUGGUCCAGUUGGACCACGAAGCUUCUUCCGCUUCGUGCUGGAGAAUCGCAUACGAAGGCCUCAAUGUGGAGGGAAGAUGCGAGAACGAAUACGGCCCUGCAUUCCGUGAGAUGGUGAUCUGCGCCAACCAGUUCGAGUCGUUCAACUCGUGCGGGACGUUUGACGGGAUACGAGCGCGAAAUGGGCUCUCGAUCAGCUCUCCCAGGAAGGACGCGAGUGGAGACUGA